UACUUUAAACCAAAAUAUAUUGUUAGUAUUUUAAAAAAACCACAUCUAAAUUCUGAUAAAAGUGUUUGAAUAUUCAGGCAUUGAGAUCAGAAAUAUUCAGACAACUGUAGCUAGAAAUUUAGACAACUGUAGCUAGAAAUUCAGACAACUGUAGCUAGAAAUUCAGACAAUAUUCUGUCCGAAAAUUCAGACAAUGUGACUGUAAGAAAACUUCAAACACUUUUGUCUGAAUUGUCAGUCAGUAAUUUUUUACAGUGUAAUCGUAUCAGUCUUGUGAUGAAAGCUGUAACAAAAAUUUGUUAGGUUCUUUGGUUAGAUCUUUCAUAAUCUGAAUAUAAGGAAAGAAAGAGACAGAGAGAGUACUUUCCACUUAAUAAUACAAACAACAGGCCAACGUUCAGAUACAAAAGACACAAGUGAAUUUCUUCGAUUUAAAGUGCAUCUAAUCAAUCAACAAACGAUAAAAUGAUUUUAGCACAUCGUUUCACGGUUUUACGUCAUGCCAAGAAUCUUGCAAGUUGCUUUAAUAAAGUCGGUGUAAGAUGUGUAUCACAAUAUUACAAGAUCGACGAUAACAUUUAUGGACUGAAUGGUGAGCAAAGAGAGCUUCGUUCGCUCGUUUUUAAUUUUGCGCAAAAAGAGCUGGCGCCGAAGGCUGCUGAGAUCGAUAAAACAAAUAAUUUCGAUGAAAUUAGAACAUUCUGGAAAAAGUUGGGCAAAUUGGGUUUAUUGGGUAUCACGGCGAAGCAGGAAUACGGCGGCACAGGCGGCACGUAUCUGGAUCAUGUACUUAUCAUAGAAGAAUUGAGCAGGGCAUCGACCGCUAUUGCGCUUAGUUACGGCGCACAUUCGAAUCUUUGCGUUAAUCAGAUUCACAGAAAUGGCACAGAAGAGCAGAAACAUAAAUAUUUACCUAAGCUCUGCAGCGGAGAGCACAUUGGCGCAUUGGCAAUGUCGGAGGUGGGAUCUGGAUCUGAUGUCGUCUCUAUGAAGCUGCGGGCGGAAAAGAAAGGCGAUUAUUAUGUCUUGAACGGCAACAAGUUCUGGAUUACUAAUGGCCCGGAUGCGGACACGUUUGUCGUUUACGCGAAGACUGAUCCAAAUGCGGACAAGCCGCAGCAUGGUAUCACCGCCUUUAUCGUCGAGCGUGAUACAGAAGGUUUUAGCACAGCGCAGAAGCUAGACAAGCUGGGAAUGCGCGGCUCUAAUACGUGCGAAUUAAUCUUUGAAAAUUGUAAAAUUCCGAGCGCAAACGUUUUAGGAGAAGUUAAUAAAGGCGUUUAUGUUCUCUUCAGCGGAUUGGACUUGGAACGAGUAAUAUUAGCCGGUGUGGCAUUGGGUAAUAUGCAAGCUUCUUGCGACGUCGCUUUUGAAUAUGCUCAUACAAGAAAGCAGUUCAACCAACAUAUUGCGGAAUUUCAAUUAAUACAGGGGAAGUUGGCGGACAUGUACACGUCUCUAAGCGCGAGCAGGAGUUUCCUGUACACCGUCACAAGAGCCUGCGACGCCGAUCAUGUAGACCGCAAGAAUUGCUCCGCGGUGUUUCUCUUUUGCGGCGAGAAUAGCACAAAAGUGGCGUUGGACGCCAUACAGAUACUUGGUGGUAAUGGAUACAUCAAUGAUUAUCCGACUGGCAGACUGUUACGAGACGCAAAGCUCAACGAAAUCGGCGGGGGCACUAGUGAAAUACGACGUAUCGUCAUUGGCCGAGCCAUCGCCGAAGAAUAUCUGUAAAACGACGAAGUUUCAUGUAUCUGAUACUCUGAUCUUAUUCGCAACAAAUGCAUAUGCUUCAUCGAUGAUGCUGCAAUGUCUGCAUUUGUGAAUUUCUGACACUAUUUGUAUCAGAAUAGAACUCUGGAAGCUGUCGCGAUUUAACAGUGUGACGACAAAUUGUUCCCGCAAUUACUGCAGUCACAUUUGCGGAUUGUGUUCACGGAUUUUUAAGCAUCUUAAAAUAGGUUUUUUCCAGAAUAGAUAUUCCGCUACUUUAUACUUUUUAUAUCACGUUUUGCAAGAAGAAGACAUAUAUUUUGUAUGUUAUAUAUAUGUAAAUAUAUAUAUGGAUGUUUCUUAUUUGAAAACAGACACUUGUCAUUAAUUUCCAUGAACUUGUGAGCACAUGAAAUUAUUCCGAGUGAUUUUUUUAAGUUUCUCCGCAGCGCGUAAUCAGCCGAUGAUUCAUAAUCAUCGUUAGCGCCAAUAUCUCGCAUAUCACAUAUAUCUCGGCGAUAUGCGUUAAUGAUCAUUUAAAUUAAGAUAAAGUGAGUCACUAGAGCGCGGUUAGAGCGAAGAUUGCGAUUGACUAACCUUUCGUACUAUAGGUUGCUAAUUUAAGUCCUAUACCGCGUACACUCUCGCUCUCUUUCUCUCCGUCAAUCUUUCCUCCUUUCUUUCU